CAUAUUAAGAAACCGUUGAAUGCGUUCAUGCUCUUUAUGAAAGAGAUGCGACAGAAAGUUAUCGACGAAUGUACCCUCAAAGAAUCAGCAGCCAUCAAUCAAAUUCUCGGACGCAAGUGGCAUUCCUUAAACAGAGCUGAGCAAACGAAGUAUUACGAUAUGGCGAAGCGUGAAAAAGAACUUCAC